AUGCCCAACACGAGGCGUCGGAGGUUUUCUGUACAAAAUGAGAUCGCCCGCAGAGAAAGCAAAUCACAAAAUGGUUUAUCAACCAGUCACUCCGACCCCGAUUCAGAAAUAGAUAUGGUAGCCACGAACAUAGUUACAAGAAAAUCACCGAGACAUAAAAACAAAUUUUAUGCGAACGAUUCUAAAAGUUCAACUUUAGAGAUUGUGGCAGAAUGCGAAAGUAAUAUAUCAUUGAGUACGGCCAAAAAACGAUCAAUCAUGACUAUGGACAAAGCGGUAUAUGCAAGCUCGAGUACUCUCUUAAAUUCAGGGACUGCCACUGAAGAGUGCAAUCUUUCAAGUGCUAAUCGAUUGAAAACAGUAGCAACGACGAUUGAAGCACAGAAGAAAAGUAAUGAGAGGCAAUCUUCUAGGAGAGACAAGCACCCAAGACAGCAUCGCGUUAAAGUUAGAAGUCCUAAACGUCGUGUUCCCAUCAUAGAACAACAGAAUAAAGCAGUAGACAGUAAUAAACGAUCAGCAGGAACAACGGCAAUCGACUGGGAUAUAGAACUUGAAUUAUUGGUGGACAGUCUUGGGAUUAUGCUGAUGUCACCUCUCGCAGUGCUGGCAGCGUGGCUGUCAGGACGCACCCUGGCUGGUCUGAUGACACAAGAAGGUCACGUGACGCCUUGGCCACUAGCCUCGACCUUUGUCCUAGCCUGUAUGACCCUAGUGUGUUACUACUGCUGGAUAGUCUCAGCAGCGACCCGCCAUGCUCUCGGCUGGUGGAUAUGGUACAGGUCCCAGUACGAAGUCAGGCUCCAAAUUCAAGAAAACGAAGAUUGA